GGGGGUAGCAGGGGCUCCAGCAGUGAAACUCCCACCCCCCUCUUGGUGGAUGGACUGGAGCAGCUGAGACGACAAGCAUGUGACGAGAGGGAGAAAUAAUAAGCAGCACAGCAGUUUGAAGCUGUGUCAAGCAUCGUAAUAUUAGGAGGGUGAACCCGGAAACGAGAGUGGGUGAUUUUCAAAAUAAGAGCGUGAAUAAGGGGCGAAACAACACAAAAAUAACAACAAAGAGUAUGGAAGUAAAUCUGUGCCAUAUGAUUAUGAAUUUUAAUUUCUAAAGCUGAAUUAUUUUGCAUGUCAGACUUUGAAUUUUGAAACUAUUGAAUUUUAAGCACACAUUUUUAUUUCUGACACUUAUUUUUUCACAAUGAUGAAAUAAAUUCAGUGUAAAAAAAAUUAAUCAUAAAAAAAUUCAAUGUAGAAAAAUUCAGUGUUUUUUUUCAAAAUGAUGAAAUAAAUUCAGUUUAAAAAAAUCAGUCUCUUCAAAGAUUUUUAAAGUAAAAAUUCAACUAAAAAACUGUGUAAAAAAAUUCAAUAUAAAAAAAAAAUUCAGUGUAAAACAGACCAACUCAGCAUGUGGGUAACCAGGGAGAGCAAUCGAUUCCUGAAUUAUUCAACACUGACAUUUUUUUUAUGUUGAAUUUUUUUACACAGUAUUUCUUUAAGUUGAAUUUUUACAACACGGAUAUUUUGAGAGACCAUUUUUCGUUAUAAAAAAGAGUGCAAGAAAUAAAAAUGCGUGCUUGAAAUUCGAUGGUUUUGACAUUCAAAGUCUGAUUUUGUUGCAAAAAAGUCAGCUUUAGAAAUUCAAAUUCAGAUGGCACAGAUUUACUUCCAUAAAAGACGAUCACGACUUUGCAUUUGGACAAAACGAACCCAGACAUGAACAACUUAACUAAUCAGUUUCAGUGUAAUUAUCUCGAGGUGCUUCAAUCAUAGCUAUAAAACCAAGUUGUUAAAAAAAGUGUGCGUAUUUUUGUUUUACGCUGAAAGGUGCAACCGGUGACAGACUUAACUCAGUCUGAUUUGACACAAUCGGAGUAUUUUCUAUGACUUCGUGCAGUGAACGAGGUAAAACUGUGCUGCAGGCUGGAGCAAAGCAGGUGUAGCAUUUGGAGAGUCCUAGUAGUGCGUGCAGUUCGUGACAGUGACAUUUACACAAUAGAUUUAGGAGGUGUGUUUGUAAAAGAGAGAGAGAGAGAGACAGAGAGAGAGAGAGAGAGAGAGAGAGAGAGAGAGAGAGACAGAGAGAGAGAGGAUUUAAUAACGCGGUCCCUCCGUCCGACACCGAUUAAUUUAUCGGGGGGUGAGCAGUUUAAGGGAGGAGGACAGAAGGAGUCAGGAGAGACUGUGGCGGCUCCGGAGGGCUGUCACUUUGUGUGUUUGCUCGUGUGAGUGUGUGUGUGUGCGGAGAGAGGGAUUAUCAGUACGCACGUUAUGCGGAGCGCAGUUUUUUGGUGAUGCAUUCAGACGGGAGUUGUGCAGCGCGGAGCAGCAGUGACCGUCAACCCGGAGCCUCUGUGGCGUAAACGGCGCAAAGCGGCUGGUUUGGUGGGACGCGCCGGCUCUGCGCAUUACAGGAUUUCUCCUCAGAACAUGUUUUAUUUAUUUUCAUGAAGGCUGCUUUAUUGCUGCAGAGUGAAAGUCGAAGAUGCGCACCGCUGAACAAAGGAUUUAGGGGGAAACGAUCACAAAUCUCGACCACAUUUUAAUCCCGACUCCCCGGCGUGCACCGUCUCCCCCUGUUUUGACUUAUCAAGGGUCGCCAUUCAUGCCCAUUCUUCCUCUGAGAACAACGGGGACGGGCUGAAUACACCUCAAACCUGGAGCAGGAGGAAUCAUCUGGGCUGAUCGCGCACGAGUCCAUGUGGAUGGAGAGAGAAUACGCAAACACCGCGAGCGCAGCUCAGUCCGAAAUGUGACAUUUUCACUCCGCCUCACAUCGUAGCUGACUCCAGUGCCACUGCUUUCCUUCUCUAUCGGAUCUGUUUACAUCGAUUAAGGUACGUGCUGAUCACCAUGUAACCUAGAGGGUAUUGAUUAAUGAAGAGGAAGGGGGGGAGGCAGAGGGGAGAGUGACACCCUUGUGGAGACGUGUGCGCGUGAUACAUUUUCAGAGGGUGGCGGAGGAACACUCAGGGGGGUGUUGGUUGGUUUUUGGAUGCAUCGUUGCUGAUGUGGAAGUUGCAUGAUUGUAACCUCUGGAGAAAGACGAUGUCGAUGCACCAACUGCAGGUGUGUGUGUGUGUGUGUGUGUGUGUGUGUGUGUGUGUGUGUGUGUGUUGCAGAGAGGGCACGCACUGUGUAGACAUGUUACAAGAUGUACAUUUACGCACAGAGCCGGGUACAUUAUGGCCUUGACCUCGAGGGGCAUUUAAAUAAAUCAUGCUCAUCUUGAAUAAAGACAUGUCCACUGAGAGCUGUGACCUGCGUGGAUUUGAAGCAUCGAUUGGCUGUGGCACAUUUUUUUUCUCACGAGGAUAUAAAGGUUGGUCUCUUUUGGCUGUGCCUCCAUUUUCACUCCACAAUGCGUGUGUGUGUAUUUUCGGAGUGUCAGUCACGGCUUCUCUCUAUGGCCCAGAGGUUAGAUGUCAUUCUUUAUAUUUGGAUCACACACACACACACACACACACACACACACACACACACACACACACUGCUGUGACAAUGCUUUUCCCUCGAACAAACACACUCUUCUGGAACCCCCCAGGGACCCUCCCAUGUGGAUGGUAUUGUUAAGAGAGUGGGGGGGGGGAGUCGAGCCGAGAAAGAAAAGAAAAAAGAGCAUUCUCUCCAAAUGUGUGUUUGCACUGAGGCGCUCCUUAGGUCAGCUAAAACCGAGGGUGCCACCCCCCUUUUUUAGAGGCAAACCCCCCCUUACCUUACCUUCCCUUCCCACGCAGUAAACAAGAAACACGUCCCUGACCUGGCAGUCCACUUUGGAGAGAAAAUUGCACUUAAAUGCCCACUUGAGCCCAAUUAGACAAAGGAAGUUUGUAUGUGAAUGGAAGUCGAUGUAUAGAUCGGCUCUGUGUUGGUGAACAGACAGAUGAUGCAUUAGCCUCCAGCCUCUCGUCAGAGCAGUAUUUGUGUUCUCAGAAAGCUCCUGGGCCCGUUUUCAGAGGUUCUGUUUUCCAUCAUUAAUCAAUAUUCAGCAGAGAGAUGCCGCUUAUUCUCAGGGCUGCGCUUUCAUGAGUUAGUUAUCUUCCUCCAGGGAGAAGAGGAUGCCACAGUAUCUCCUCGGGGCUGAUGCCAUAUGUACCUUGUUUGGAUGAGUGUGUGUACACAUGACACAGGCUAGUGUACGAGCUACGAGGAGAGACAUUUUUACAGGAGAACAAAUUUUAGCCAAAUCACAAUAACGGCGCCAAAGCAAAGUAAUAGAACUAAAUGUUCUGAUGCUCCGAGGCGACCUAUUUCUUGCUUGAUCAAACUGAAAUUUUAAUUCUAGUUUUAAGACCCAGAAAACAGUCGAAAUUCAUCACAAUAUAUCGAACACUUGUCUUUUCUAUUCAUUAUUUAUUCUAAGAUUGUCUUCUAUCCCCUUGCUGCUCAUUCACCUAUUUAUGAUCUUUUGUCCGGAGGAGUUCAGUGAAGCUAUAGCUUGCAGAGCUAGCACCCCCAGCCUUCAAUCGCCUGAUGAUGCUUUAAGCUGAAAAAUCCAAAAUAUUAUAUCAGCUCUGAAACACCAGAUCUUGAAGUGAUACUGCAACCUAUAGAAAGAAAUGUAAACACAAUGAGGUCUAGAAACAACACAGCAGCAUCUCCUUCGACAACUUGCUUUGCAGUAAACACGGUAUGAUCAGCUAGUGACCUGCUCAGAUUCCGUCGCCAUGGUUUCCUGUGUCCAAAACAAAGGGUACCCCCACCCACUGCCAACUAGUGUUAAGACAGAGUAUUGCAAAGCGAUGAGUACAUGAACCAGGAGUACGAACCAGGCUGAACACUUGCAGAUGAAAUUCAACCAUCGACACGUGAGUUGUGCAACAAAAAAAGAGUAAGGACAGAGAGAGUUAAUAUGUGCGUCAUGGAUGCCAUGCAUGACCUCCGCCUGUUUGGAGUGGCGUCUGUGCACACCCCCAAAAAUUAAGUGGUUCCAAAAUGCAUUAUGCACAUGGACUGUAGUGGUUGUGCAGAAACAGAGGGGAUGUGACAGACCGACAACGCUGCAGGGACAACGAUGGUCAAAAGUUUAAAGAACAAGCUGAGCAAAUAAGUCCGGAGUCAUGAACAACAGUUUUAAGAUAUGCCGUAGCUACUGCACAGCGACAUACAUGCCCGACACAGAGGCUGGAGACAGACUCGUCCUGCAUUAGCGGCUGGCAUGCUAAACAAAGUGGAAACUAGUCUGCAGCAGUUAUACACGGGGGGAAAUGUUGGAGAAACGGAGUGGUGACAGUGCCAACAGUUUACUGUCCACAUUGAUCAUCAGCUGCCUGAGCUGGCAACAGAAUUUCAUCCACUGAGAUUAAUUUUUCAUUUAAUUUCGCCGUGUUUGUUUACUUCCUGCACGUGUAUUUUCAUGCAGCAUGAUGUGCCCUUUAGAGGAAUCCUCCAAUAACACUUGUAGCGCACAGCCAAGCAGGAGAGGAAUCAUGUUCGUGACGCGGCCAGCAUUAAGAGUAAGAGCACCAACAUUGGAGCGAAAAAAUCCAAAUAUUUGUGCUGAUAUAAAAACGAUGGUGCCUCUGUAACAACAAUACGUCCAUAUGCAGCCAAACCCUCCUCUGCUCACACACACACACACGCACACACACACACACACACACACGCUCCAGGCACUCAGCUCGCUCCAGUUCUUCCAUCCCACAUCCGGCUGUUCCUCCUGCUCCUCUGAUCACAAUCUAACCAGAUUUGAUCUUUUUGGGCUCCUGUGAUCAUCCCUCCUCCUCUUCCUCCUCUUCCUCCUCCUCCUCCUCACCUCACUGCAGAUCCCCUCACUUCAUCAAUAAUAGAAGAUGCUCAUUGAAAUCACAUGUAAGCGAAGUGCGAGACCCGAGGGCCGUGCCUUGUUUCAGGGUACGUAUUUUGGGCUUGUCCUCGCAUCUGACUAAUCACACAGCCAUCGGUUGUUGUUGUUUGAAGAGGGAGGAGAAGAAGGAAGGUGGUGUGUGUGUAUGGGGGGGGGGGGGGGGGGGUAAAAGCACCGGGGCUGUUAAUUGUUAAGUCAAUUAGCAUAUGGUCUCGCUGUGAGCCCAGUCACAUGGUAAUGAGGUCUAAUUAGGAUGGCUCGGGGUGUCUGAAGAGGCUGGGGAAAAUACUUCCACUGUCAGUUUCACCAUGCUGCCAGCCAACCAGGAGGCCCGCCCGCUGAAUGGACCAACACUUCUUCAGUCUCGCCAUUCAGUCCCUUUUCAUGUCCACUAAAGCCUCACUUCUUCAGGGUCUUUCUCCCUCGUCCUCAUGGGGGCCCUUUUCUGAAUUACAGCACACCCAUACGUCAUGCUCCGACUUCCACUCCAUCUCUGCCCCCUUCCCUCUCCGUCCUCAUCCCCCCUUUUCAUUCCUCUUACUGUUAUCUGACACUACCAGCUGUGAGGGAUUGCUGACGUCACUCCGGAGGCUUACGGACGUGCAGAGAUUUCACGCACAGUCGGGUUGAUCAGAUCGCACAUUGUAAUUCAAGUUUAUUGUGCGUUUUAUUAGACGCAGGAAGUUCGAGGAGUGGAAAAAGAAAAGUUCAAAACAUAGCGGCGGGGCGAUAAACAGUUCUUUUCUGCCAGCGUGUAAAAAAAACAAAGGCGCUCUGUAAUCUGGUGGUGCUGCUGAUGACUGUCCAAGUGUAAACCAUGUAUCAAAGUGUCUCUGUUCGCUUUCAUGGGAUGUCUUUUUAUUGCAGAAAAAAAAAAAAACACUCACCAGAGAGUUAUUUCUCCGAAUGCUUCCAUGGAGAUCUCGUGUAAAUUGGCCAUGCUUUUUCAGCGCUCUGUGUGGGAGGUCCCAGACUCCGGCUGAACGCACGAUUGGAACGGAAGGCCGUCUCUGGAAAGUCACAAGUUCAGGGAUUACAACAGCCAUGUGUCCUGUUAAAGUGUCCUUGAUUAAAAAAGAGAAAGAUCCUCUCUGUGUCGGGCGAGCGAAGAGGAAACACAUCUUUCCCCCGGCGUUUCAGCCUCUUGUUUAUAAUUAAAGUGGUUAUUCGAGCUUUCGGCGAGGGUAGAUGAUAGAAUACCAGCCUGGUGACAUCAGAAACGCACAUUUAAAAUAGCAUGAAAGUCGAUUUCAAGCUGGGCUGUAAGCCUUAAAGCAUAAACAAGAAACUCAAGAGAACAGAAAGCAGACUUAUGAUGCUCAUCCACAUUUAAAUACGUACUUAAAUGUUUCAGUUUUAGGAUUAAACCUCUGCAAAGUCUCUAAACAUGAGAUACACAGAUGUUAGCAUCAUGCCCUGACAGCUUAUCGUGAGAACUUUACCUCAACCUGAUGUCAGGUCCUGCCGUCCAAUCAGGACACGCCCACUUCACCUGGAGAAUCGUUUCACUGCCCCCCUUUCUCUUCCAUCCUUCACUUUGUCGUUUUAUGUCUUGGUAAGAUGCUUUUAAAGCUGCAGUGAGGAACUUUUAGCCUGUGUUUGUUCUGGCGCCCCCCUGUGGAAAGAGUAAUACCUCUUGGUUCUAGUCUUUAAAUAUUCCAGUGUAAAAUUAAUUUAAGGUCAAACACGCUGUAACAUCGAGUCAAACGCCUCCUCGAGAGAUGAAUGUUGCCGACCGCUUGCUUCUCAACUUUAGUAACGACCGCAUGAUAGCAAUACACAGCGGUCUGAGGAGCCAUAAACAAACCUCAACAAGAACACUACUCUACAGCCACAAAUAAUGCUCAGAACAGCACCUAACUUCAUCAACAGGACAUAUAGGGUCACAGCCAUAGAACUAGCCACCAAACAUCUUUUUAACUUUGCCUAAUUUCUUUAGCAAAGAGACUAAACACAACUGACCUACUCUCUUCCAGCAGCCACUUGUUUGAAGCGAGACCUCAGGCCAGUCUAUUAAGGACUACAGUGGGGUGACGCAGCUGAAGGAAGAACAUUUAUGAUCAUUACAUCAUUUCCUUGAAGUAAUUAUCAUCAUAUUAAUCAUUUUGCACUGCAGACAUGGUAGUUCUGCUGCCGUAGCGUCUCGGUCUGAUUGUAUUACAAUGAAGAAAUGAUCAUAAAUGUUCUUCCUUUAGCUGCGUCACCCCGCAGCAGUUUGUAAUGGAGUGGCCCAAGGUCUCGCUACAAACAAGCGGCUGCUGGAAGAGAGUAGGUGAGUUGUGUUUUGGUUGAGGUUUGUUUAUGGCUCCUCAGACCGCUCUGUAUUGCUAUCCUGCAGUCGUUACUAAAGUUGGUGUAACUAGAGAAGCAAACGGUCGGCAACAUUCAUCUCCGGAGGCAGUGUCUAACUCGAUGUUACAAUGUGUUUGACCCUAACUUAAUUUUACGCCUGAAUAUUCCUUUAACUUUGUCUUGUUGCUGAGCAUCAGUGUCGGUUUUGUUGUGUUUCUCAGCCUUUUAAAAACGCCUCAUAGUGCCUUUAAGUGUCCUUUUGGUAGUGCAGAAGAGUCAGUUGAAAGCGUCUAAGUUUCCAUGACAACAGCAGCCGCAACAUAGUUGUUUCUGCCCGCAACUUCACUGAUGACCUUUUGGUAAACAAAGGCCAGUCCAAGCUGGAUUUGUGUCUCAAUAUGUCACCUCAGAUGUUUUCAACGAAGGAAUAACUUUCAGAUCUGUUCAUGACGGCAUUGCUGUGUAAAAAGUAACACCCAGAACCCAGUUUUUUAUUUUUUAUGUGUCCCAGACUGACAUGAUGAAAGAUGAAAAUGAAUAUAACAGGUCUCCUUAAAGACUAAAGCUACACCUGACAAAAACUUCUCAGAGGUUUCUCCAGUGACGGACUAUUUAUAGGAGCGUAAGAGCUUAUUUGUGUUUUAAAUCCAUAUUAAAUCUGAUGCAGUGGAAACAGACAUCCAGUCAGCCUCUGGUAAUUUAACAUGACUGAUUUCUGAGGCCUUAUGUAAUCCCCACGUCUCAUGCAAGAUGUAAAUUUAUGCACUGUCGGGAAAAGUAGAGGUCUGUUAGUGUCGGAGAAAAACUGCGUAAGAAACAUAAGAGAGCAGAUGCUGGGACCCGUCCUGCAAACGACCUGCUCACCCCCAACAGCUGGAUGAGCGCGUUUCCAGCCGGAUGCUCAUGCACAUUUUCUCCUCGAUUGUAAGUCUGGAUGUAAAAGUCGGAGCAAAAAUGUGAAUAGAGUGAGUUGUCAAAAUGCAAUAAACCCCCCAAUUAUCACCCUCUUAAUUAGGCAGCAUCUGGUUGUGCACUAUGUCUGAUAAUUACAGGAGGAGGUAAUUGUAGCUAGGUUUCCUCAUCUCUUCCAAUCCAGCCCGGAGCAGAUUUCAAACCCUGCAGUGCUGCACAUUUGCACUCUGGCUGUCUGUGAUCCUGUUGUAUGUCAAGUAGCAGCUAUAUGGAAAUGCUCGCUGCAUAUUUGCCAUGUUCAGCUCUGUGCGAGAAUGUGGUGCCCCCCCACACACGGAUGCAUAAUACAGAAUGUGAUAUUUACAUGCAAAUACAGCCAGCACUCACAGGCGCUAUGCCAGCUAGCCAGCCAGCCAGCCAGCCAGCCUGUUGUGUACGUGCAUGGGAGACACGUGCAGCCUGAAUGCAUGUAAACCCCGGCUUCGUGCAGAAUACAAAACUAAGAUGGACCUCUUGGGUGCCAGCAGGCUGCUUUGGCACAGAGGAACACGAUGCCCGAGAAACAGUAGCCAUGCAGCAAAACUGGCAAAGGCUGGAUCCUUCCCCCCCGUUAUGUAAGAUACACAAGAAGAAAGGCGAACACGGGGGGGCGGGAGGAGGAAAGGGGCACGAGGAGAGAAGAUGAAGAAGCCAAAAUGGAAGGGAGAAGAUUGUGUUUGGGAUUAGAAGGAGAGAGGUGGGAGAAAAGAGGGAGGAGAUGCGAGGAGAGGAGGUGUGCGGGGCGCAUCUUUCACAGCAAAUCUCCAAAUGUAGCAGAGAGAUGAGACGGAGAAGAGGAGAGGAGAGGUGGCAUCGAAAUCUGACAGAAUAGAGGAUUUCUAAAACAGGGGGGAGGACAGAAAUGGCUGCAUGCAGCAGGAGUGACAGAGAGAGGAACAUGUCUAGAAAGAGGGGAGGGAGGGGAGGAUGAGACGGGGGCAGCAGCAUCCUCUGUGCUGCACAUAGUGGAAGGCCACGCUCGCCCUCUCUCUCUCGCUCUCUUUUCUCCACAUGACUCAUAUCAGCGAGAAGCAGUGUGGAGGAUUUGAGUGCGUGGCAUGUGUGCUGUAGGUGUGUGCUAUGUGCUGCAUGUAGAGCAGGUUGGCGAUUUUGCAUGUGUGUGUGUUUGUGCAGCUCCUUGCAAAAAGCAGCCACAGCCACCAUCUGUGCAAAAGGCUGUGACUGGGUGAGAGGGUGACUGAAUGAAGAAGCGGUCACUGGCGAGCGUGCAGCCUCAGCAUCUGUGAGCGUGUGCACUUGUCUGAGAGGAGACGACAGCGAAGACAAAGAGAAAAGUGAGGAGCAGUCGGAUGAGUGAGCUUUUUUGAUUCGCAUCCACGGUUAUUUAGAGCCGUCUUCAAAAAACAACCUGAUUGAUGUAGGAUUAAACGUUUUUGUGCGGCGUCUGAAGGCACGCAUGUCGCUGUGAGGUGUUUUUGCGUAUGUGCAGCUCUCCAAAUCUGUGUUUUGGUGACUCAUCCCUCCAUAAGCUCUGAUGGAUGUUAAUGUAGCACAAUCAUAAUAACCAGAGGCUGUGAGCUGCUGCAACCAGGAAGAAAGGAGGAGAGUAGAGGAAACAACGGGCUGAAGUAACGGCAGGAAAUAAAAGAAGGAGGAGGGGGGGAUUUUAGUAAUGAGGGGACGUGAGGAGGAAUUUUUAGGGUGUAAAUCUCUGAAGGGUACAUGAAAGAGCUCUGAACAAAUGAAUAUGCACAAACACACACACACAAACACACACAUAUAUAAAUGCAUCUUUCACAGCUGUUCCCUCUGGAGCUGCACUGAAAUAAAUGAUGAUAUUUCAGAAGGUGUAAACAACCGCUGACUUUAAAAUAUAUGUUUUUAUGGAUAUUAGGAUAGAUACUUCAAAGCUUGUUUGUAUAAAUAGAUGAAACAGUUUCUGUGUGUACUUGUGAGGUUGUGAUUUGUGGGAAUGUAGAAAUUUAAGAAAGAUUUAAAUCGCUGAAACUGCCGUGUUAAAUAUCUGAUUUUACGCUUUUUACUCGGACAUGGUGUUAAAAAUGUUAUUUAGUACACACAGAACAGUCUUAUUUGUCUUGGUUCAGAUGCACAUAUCAGUUUGGUAACACUUUACUUGACAGCUCUCUCUAUAACGCAUUAUAAAUAUAUGUAUAAUGUGUUAUAAUCACGUUAUAGCACUGUAUAACUAUAGUUACAAACACUCAUAAAUGAUCAUAAUGCUUUAUAGCAAUAAUCACAACACAUUAUAAAACAUUUUAUCAUGACUUACAAGGUCAGGAAUUAUAAUGUGUUAUAACUGUUAACAACUCACUGAUAAUGCCCACAUAGAUAAUGUAUUAUACAACUGUUGUUAACAGUUAUAACACAUUAUAAUACCUGACCUUGUAAGUCAUGAUAAAAUGCUUUUUAAUGUGUUAUGAUUAUUGCUAUAAAGCAUUAUGAUCAUUUAUGAGUGUUUAUAACUAUAGUUAUAUAGUGUUAUAACGUGAUUAUAACACAUUAUACAUAUAUUUAUAAUGCGUUAUAGAGAUAGAUGUCAAAUAAAGUGUUACCAUCAGUUUAAACAUACAUGGGGUAAGUUGACCAUAGGAGACCACUUUUUUUGGCAUGCUGAAUUAUCAAGACAGUUAUGUUUAUUCUCAUUCUGUUGGUUUGCAGGGAUGAACAACAUCCUGAAAUAUAUGCAGAUACACUAGUUAGAGACAAAACUAUGAUUGACUUGAUGUAGUGAUCCGAAAUAUGAAAAAUGGCUCAUCUUACCCCGCUCUCCCCUAUACAAUCACUUAUUCUGCAUUUCAUUAACAGUUUUAAGUCGACAUUAUUGAGGUGUUGAAUUGGUGAUCUUGACUUUUAGACAUAUCGUUUGAAUAAAUACUUCUCUGUUACACCAUUAUGCACAAAACAAACCUAUUUAUUCAGUUCCUCUUAAGUUUAAUUUUCAUGCUUUGUGCUUUUAUUUUGAAAGGUUAAGACAGUGGAUGGUGUUACAUGCAGGAGAGGAGCCUGAAAUUGAACCAAGGUGUGAUCUCCUCAUGUUGAAAACCAGCAGAGCUUCAAUUAUUUAUUCUUUUAAAGGAUAAUGCUGUAAAAAGAAUAUGUAGUUGUAUAUGCAUAAUUAUGUUUUGCAGACACAGAUCAACAGCUAGUGCUGCUAGUUCCAGUUUGGGUGCUUAUCCCUGUUUCCUGAAACUGUAAUUCUCAUCAACAUGAUCAGACUCAGCAUGCUAAAUUUAGCCUUCAAAGGAGCGAACUGGCCCACCAAGAAAGCCCUGCAUCAAACAUCCGAGACUGAGAGUCAUCCACAGGUCAAAAUAGUCCUCUGUGGGUUUUUGUGACGCAGCUGAACAUCUGAUUCAUUGGUUUUUAGAUAAUGAAACACAGUCAACUCUAAAUUUUAUGACAGUUUGAAAGAAACCUAAAAUGAUUUAUUAGCUUAGAGAGCAAUAAAAACAUCGAGAUGAUUCACCAAUCCAAAAAUCAGUGAAUGAUUUAAGCUCUAAAUCGAUCAUUCAUUGCUGGAAAACACAUUAUUAUUCACAGAAAAACAGCCUUAUUUGUUUGUGUAGUUACUGUUUUCAAAUUGCAUGUAAGAAAACCUGAACUAUAAGAGCACUAGAGCUAAAAACAAGAAAACACUGAACUGCGUUUGUCUUCUACUUGUGGGGAAAAUGUUAAAAGAUGCAUAAAAGUGACAAAUUACAAAUAAAGUAGGUCUGGUCUAUUUACUGCAGAUUCUCAAAACUUCCUCCUGUUUCUAUUUUCAUGAUCAAAUAAAUCAGAGUGUCUGGAGCUCUGUCUCUCUCUCUCUCUCCGUCCGUCUGGCCCAGUUAUUAAGCUACGAGAUACGAGCUGGAGUGUGUGUGUGUGUGUGUGUGUGUGUGUGACCUGCAGCUCUGGCUGGUGUGUAUUUAAAUCUUCCACUCCCUUCUGACCGUGAAACUCUCCCUAGACUUACUGGCAUGGAAAGAGAGCAUGAAGCAGGGAUAUCCAGUGUCCUUUAAGUGGUAUGUAAAUAUUGUGAUACGGUCUAUUUGUGGACCAGGGGGGAAAAAUGAGCGUAAAACGACCCUGAAAUAAACAAUCCAAAGUGUAAAAGUGCACAAAUAUAUGAGGCAGCUUGGAAAGAAUUUCUGUGAGCUUAGCGACGUAGCGAACAGACAGUUGACAGCAGCCUGGCACAAUGACACAUUUUGCGUAUGUGUGUGUUUGUGUGUGAGAGAGAGAGAGGGACGUAUUGUGGUGGCUUAAAUACAGAUCAGCCUCUCAUAAAACACACAGCCUGUCAGGUGAAAUGACAGCGCUGAUCAUCCCGGCAUGGAUUCCAAUGAAAGGAGUGUAUCCGUGUGUGUGUGUGUGUGUGUGUGUGUGUUUGUGUGUGUGUGUGAGACAGUCGUGAUGAAUAAAGGAGAAUGCAGACUCAGAGGCAGCAUUGAUUUUGCUCUCUGAGUGUUGCUUCUUCUUCACCAGGACACCAAAAGUAUCUGAGUGUCUGUACGUGGAGCUCUAGGCGCUGCAGUGUGUAUUAUGCAUCACCUCUCGCCUUGCUCGACGCUCUGAGACGUCUGAUCGUGAGUAGCCGGUAGCUUGUCCACACUAGUUUUCCUCCCUGUAUCUCUGUUUCUUUUUUCAUGAAAAUAUGCAUGAUGCAGCAGCUUUCCUGUCAGGGGCUCGGGCAGCCAGUUCACUGAACCAGACCGGACAAAUAACGCCUGAAACUUUUAGGGGGAGCACUGUCAGUGACCUGACUUGAAUGGUAACUCUCCUACCUGGACUUUUCUAGGUUUUCAGGUGUUUUCUUUGCAGAAAGGGGCAUUUGAAAGGUUGAAAAACAAGGCCGGGCUGUAGGCAGCAUGGGUUGUUGUGUGUUUAGAGGCUUCUGUCAUUCACCCUGCAUGAACUGCCGUCCUUUGUCUCCUCUCCAAAACACAGCAGUGGCCGUCUGCAUUGUCAUUCACAGGCAGAUAAUAACAGCGGGAAUGACUGACUGCUCAACUCUGCUGCUGAAAAACAUUCGGGCCCUAUCCUACUCCUGGUGCAAAGCGAUGUUUUUGCUAUUUUACACCCAAAUCAUGUGACAUUUUUAAGGCCUGUGUUGUGUGAGUAAAAAAUAAACUUGUGCUCAGAGUUACACCAAAAACUAUGUUGGUCUUAAAGGGAUAUUCCGGCGUAAAAUUAAUUUAGGGUCAAAUACACAGUAACACCGAGUCAGACGCCCACUUGAGAGAUGAAUGUUGCCGACCGCUAGCUUCUCAACUUUAGUAACGACCCCACGAUAGCAAUACACAGCAGUCUAAGGAGCCAUAAACAAAUCUCAACCAAAACACCGCUCUAUAGACACAAAUGAUGCUCAGAACAGCACCUAACUUCAUCAACAGGACAUAUAGGGUCACAGCCACCAAACAUCUUUUUAACUUUGACUAAUUUCUUUAGCAAAGAGACUAAACACAACUCACCUACUCUACGGACUACAGCGGGGGUGACGCAGCUCAAGGAAGAACAUUUAUGAUAUGAUAUGAUUUAUUGCAUAGAUCUAGACCAAUUAAUCAGUCAGUCACUUUGAUUUCUGCUCUUCAGAGGAACAAUUUCAGUGGGUUAAACUUCAUCGACAUAACUCAUAAAGUGACCUGUGUGUGUUUUUAAAGGCACAAUGGAAAGAGGGAAGUUAAAUAUGCUGACCUAAGUUAAAGUCCUUGUUGCCAUGGACACCCAAAUAGGACAGUAUGCUGGACGUCUUCCCCCCUCACUCUGCUCCACAUGUUUCUUGUCUCUCUGCAACAAAGACAAAAAUAUGACAAAAACAUGACAUUCUGAACCCUGCUGUGUAAAUAGUAACACCCCCGCCUGUAGCUGCACCAACUCUUGAAGAGAAGCACUGAUUGGUUUGAUUCGUACACUCGAAACACUGUGCACCUCGCUCAGCACCCAGAUUUCGUGCUGUUUUAAUAACAGCACUUGAUUGGACAUGCUCUAAUUCACUUUGCCCCCCGAGUGUUAGCUGUUUGUUUUGGAUAAAUAUGGUUGAUUUUACCAGAACAGCUCACUCAGUUUCUCUUUUUUUUUGCUUUCUCUCCAUUCCUUUGUCUUUCUCUGUCUUUGCUCCAUCAUCUCUCUCCGACUUUCUUCUUCUUUCUCUGUCGAUCUCUCAGACAUGGCAUUCCUGCCGGUCCUCCUCCUGCUGCUGCUGUCCGUUACCCAUCGUGCCACCAGUCAAGAGUCUGAGGAGUCCGAAGCUCUCCCGAGGGGCUGUGGCUGGGGCCUGGUUCGUCCCUACACCCUCCUCUGUGACCUGGACUCCAUAUGGGGCGUGGCUGUGGAGUCAGUCGCCGCUGGUGGAGUGCUGACUGCCAUCUUGCUCGCCCUGGUCCUGCUUUGCCGUUUGCACCACAUCAGUGAGGCAGAGAAGCGUAGCGGCGUGGGACCCAUCCUCCUGCUCCUCCUGGGCGUCCUGGGCUUGUUCGGCCUGAGCUUCGCUUACCUAAUCGAGCAGGAUGAGUCGUUAUGUCUGCUCCGCAGGGCCCUGUGGGGCCUCCUGUUCGCCGUCUGCUUCUCCUGUUUGCUGGUUCAAGGUGUCCGUCUGCGCAGGCUGGGCCGGGAGCGCAGGAGCCCUGGUGGCUGCGCCCUCACAGGCCUUGCUUUGGGUCUGAGCGCCGUGCAGGGCAUCAUCGCCGCUGAGUGGCUGCUCCUAACCGUGCUGAGGGAGGGAAGAGCUGCCUGUCAGUAUCUACCGCUGGACUUCUCGCUAGCCUGCAGCUAUGUGCUAGCUCUCCUACUGGCAGCACUGACCGCCGCCUCACUGGCCUUGUGCGCCAAAACACGUCAGUGGCGCUGCAACGCCAUCUGGCUGCUGGUGACCUGCCUGCUGUCGCUGCUGCUGUGGGUGGCCUGGGUGGGCUUCUAUCUGUACGGCAACGCCUGGCUGGGAAGGUCCCCGGACUGGAACGACCCGGCUCUGGCCAUCGCUUUGGUGGCUCAGGGAUGGCUCCUACUGAUAUUCCACGCAAUUCCUGAAUCCCACAUCUGCCUGAGACCCCCUCCACAGCCCACCGCCCCGGAUUACUUUGACACCUCCCAGAACUCAACGCGGAUGAGAGAGACCAGUUUUGACGAGGACAUCCCGCUGUCUCACCGGCAGUUUGUGGAGAAUCAGGGCUACGGGUACAACGACGAAAACACUGCAGGUACGAUCCAAUAUUUCAGAGCAGACGGGACUAAUGUGUGCAGGCAGAUUGUAGGUGGAAUGUAGGCCAGAGUGAGUAAUAGAUCAGCGGGAGGUAUUUGCAUGCAUGGCAAGAAAUAAGCGCAGGAGGAUGUUUCUGUGGUGCAGGACCACGGCGAGUUUUCAGAAACAGGGAUAUUAAUGUGGGGCAUCUCUUGGUCCAGGCCUGAGGAGUGGCGGCGCUGCAGGGCAACAUAACAGUAACACCGGUGCGAGGCCCAGCGCUCCUUUCCGCAGCAACGUGUACCAGCCCACCGAGAUGACCAUGAUCCUGAACGGGGGAGCGGUGAGUACAUCCUCCCAGUCACAGGUACACGCCGCUUACACGCCGCUCUCUCAUUCGACCACGCCGACAAGACUGCAUGCACAUUUGUGCGUUCCAGAUUGUACGUCAUUGCACAAGAAUGAGGGAGAGGUGUGAGUGUGUGUGCAUCAUCCGACUGAAGGUGCAUGUUCAUGAGCUUGUGGGCACAUGCAUGGAUGGGUUUGACACAAAUGGUCCCUCAUCUGGCGUUGAUUUGUGUAGGAGCGAGCGAGAAAGAGCUCCUUGUGUGUGUAAAAUAGAAGCAGGGACGCUAUCCGUCCACUGAAUGAUGCGACUGUCUGCAGGCUUGUCACACCUUUCAUUACGCAGGAGUAAUAGGCACCCUGGCUGGCACAGGUGAACUUAUUCCCAGCCUCUGUGUUAUGAAUUAGUCCCGCCACACAGCAGCGCGACACAUUAGUCCUCAAGACGCUGAAAUGCUUACACUCUCUUCAGACUAAAAUAGCAUCGCACUAGCUGUGCCGUUGUCGAGUCACCAAAUCUCAAGUGCAGGUUGAGUCUCCAUCUUUUGAUAUCAUUAUACAUAGAAAAGGGGCGUGGCCAAAGGGGCGUCUAUCAACUAUUUGUGCAGGAAGUUACACCACAUAUCGGUUUGCACGGGAAACGGAGUUCUGAGAGUUUGCACGACAUCCACCUUGAUUCUGGGGGCAGCACCACACUCUACAGCAUCCAUCCCUCAGGACAUUCAUUAAAAAAAGAAGAGGGUCACGUUUCACAGCAACAAGCAGCAAUAAAUAAAGCUGUGCUCUUUAAAAAGUCCUUCGAAAAGGAAAUAUGGUGCACUUUGUUAUGCAAGCACAUCGCCUCUGUGCACUAUAGAGAAGCAGUGAUGCAGUUCUUGCUGCGUGCUGCAAAGUGGGACAUCCAUGCAAACACUUUUCAACAUCUUUUGAGUUCGCUCUUUUCAUGAUACAUGGAUCAGCUGAGUUUGUUCCCAUGGUGAUGUUAAAUUAAUUGUUGCAAUUGUAAUUGUCAGUAUCUGUAAACUUCAAGGAUACAUGCAGAAAAGAACACAAAGCACGGAUGGAGAGCUCCGUCUGUAUCCAGAUCUGUAUGCAACGUUGAGCAUAAAUGAGCCUUUAGUCCCCUAACCUCCGAUUUUCACCGCAUCUGGAAUGGCUACGAACAGGCCAUAUCCGCUGAUCGUAGCUGAUCGUAACCAAUCAAGUUAACAUGUCAAUUUCAAUCGGCUUCUUUCCGCUCUGCUGCGGAUCGCUGGACUCUGCAGCUGAUCGCAAGAGUUCUAGAGCCGAAGCAUGCUGGAUAAAUUCAGCACAGAUUAACCCGUGCCGGAAAGGAAGUCGAGCAAAGACACAGAAUAAAACAUCCGGCUUCUUUUCAAAAUAAAACACUCUGUGUUUCAGGCGGAUCGUAUUUCACACCAUGCAAACAGGCGGAGACAAACAUUUGAAAGGUUUAUAGACAGUAUUUCCUCCUGAUGACACCAUGGAUGAGAAGAUGCCGAUUCUAGAAGUCUAGAAGUAGAUUUCCUCCUCUGGAAGGACACAAUCUACUGCUUAUAUGGUUAGUCUAUGUGGCUAGGUUCUUGUGAGUUCUUGCGAUUCCUGCCGCCAUGAAAUUCGCCUCAUGAAUGGAUCCGGUAGGAAUUGGCGUAAAUCGUAAAUCGUUCCAGAUCGGAGCCGUUCUGGAUACAGUGGAAUCCAAAAUUCAUCAACAGGACCGUAUGAAUCAUGUCUCGGUAAAAUGAGGUUCUCAAAUUCUGCUUCAUGCUUCUGCUGUGUGGUCUGUGCUAAAAUGUGGGAUGGUUAAAAGGAGAAGGUCAGCCUGGAAUCUGCAGAAAAGCAUGUGCGCAUGGGGCCGCUGUAUGCAUGUGUGCAAAGAUGCAUAUGUGAUUGUUUGACAGUGUCCAGAUUUCAUUACUUACAAACCUCAUUUCCACCCCUGCAGGUGCCCUCUGCUCCUCCAACCUACACGGGGAGGCAGCUGUGGUGAGCGAAAGGAUCGUUAAGAAGAAGCGUGGAAGAAAAACGAAGAGAGGAAGAAGAAGACGGAGCGUGGCGAGGGAGGUUGAGGAGGGAGGGGUCCCCUGAACGAAAGGCUCGACUGGUUGGACUGAACUUUUAAAACACGGACGCCGACGGGGCCCUUUCCUUCUGUGUACAGACUAAAAACACUGACUGCGUGCAAAUCGAGUCAAGUAUGAGUGUGUGUGAGACUGAGAGAAAGUAGGGCAUGGAGGACAAAGCUGAAGCUCUUCAAGCACACAAAUUUCCAAACGAAGGGUUGAAAAAACUCAAAAUGUGACCAGCGAGUAGCAAAACAAAAACCCGGCGCUGACUUCGAUCUGAAAAUAUCACAUGCGGUGUUUCUUUUCUCUUUUCGUUUGAUUCGCUCCCCUGAGACUACAGCACUGUAAGCAUCCUUGAAAACUGUGAAACCUUCUCUCUCUCUCUCUCUCUCGCUCUCUCUCUCUCUGUCUGCUCUUCCUGUCAGUCAGGAUAUCUUUUCUGCUGCUCCACAAAAACAAAAAAAAAAGCUGGCACUCAGAUGGAAACAUUUGGCUCUGUCCUCCAUCCAUCCAUCCGCAGUGUAGGUGAAGACAGAGCACACGGGCAAGUGUACAGCUCCAGCACCGCCCCUCUACGAAAGAAUCAAGCCACCGCGCAGAGAGUGUGUGUGUGUGUGUGUAGACUAUACGAGAGGAGACAGUGCGUGUGUUGACCUACGACCACUCCUCCUUCCUCCGUCUUUCUCUCUGUUUGCAUUUCUCCGCACCGUCUGUGAAUAUAACAUGUCACCCUUCUCACCUCGCCUCAUCCUCCCACCUGCAUGGACACUCUUGCAAAAAUGUGAAAACAAACUGUGAAGACGAAAAAAGACUCUCCGGAGCAGCCUGGAGCACCUGGGCAGAGGGUUCACAAGCUGCUACUGAACUACUGUUAAAUACAACCUGCAACAGAGCGAAGGCGGACUCUGAUUGGACGAGGAAGGCGUCUGUCAUCGGCGAAAAAGGAAAGGAGGGAAGGAGGCAGCGCCGCGUGAAUCUAGGUCAGACUUUACUGCGCGCUGCUCUCCCACAUCUCCGGUGGCCACUGGCGGUUUGAACCAGCCAGGAGAAACUGUCACUUUAUAUCAGCAGGAAACGGAGCGAGGAAAUGAACCGACAUCCUGCGCUCAGUUCCUCUAUCUGUGUUUUACGUGUGCGUACAUGAGUGUUGUGAUCUUAUGAGUGUCAGAGGGAGGAGGAGGAGGGGGGCGGGGUUCGAAGUCAAGGUUGCGUUCUGGUGCUAAAUUUUUCUCCACAUUGCUUCCACCCCCCUGUGAGGCUCAAAGCUGCAGGAGCAACACUGAUGCAGAUCCAGUCCUCAUCGUCGUCGUUGUUGUCGUCGUAUGUGAGUGACGGGCUAUAAAUAGAGCCGAGGGGCUGGUGUGUUGAGACACCCGAGAGCCUUAGAAAGAUCGGAUUUACAGCGCUGGCGAGGAGGAAGGAGAUCAAGUCUAGGAGGAGGUGGAAAAGAUGAGGGAGAUGAUGGCGAGGAGAGAAACAUCCCAGUGACUUCCUCUCGUGGGUUUGAUCUGUGGGAGAAAAUGGCUCCCCGGCCUGCCUGUGUGGGUAACCAUGUGUGUGUGUGUGUGUGUGUUUGUAAGUGUGUGUGUGUGUGUGUGUGUGUGUGGUUCUGUGGGGGCAGCCAUGCUGCUCUGCUCUAUGUGCUUGUCUUCUCCUCCCUCCUCUUCAUCCUCCUCUUGUCUCUCUGAGGUCGACUCGAGCUCGGGUCCCCGUGCCAAGAAGGACUCCUGUUUCACCGGAGUCUCUGUUUCCCCCGCCCUCCACCUUUCACCUUGACACCAACUCUCUCUCUCUCUCUCUCUACACACUGGAGAAGCUGUGUACAUAGUAGUGCUGUAAAGCUUUGCUUGCUUGUUUACUCUUUUUUUAACUGUAGGCUUAUUUUAGACACCAGUAUCAUAUGACCGACUGGAGAACUGACGAUUACAAACUCUUUUUAUCUGGGGACUUUUUUUAACUGCUUGGCGUUGUGUUCAUACAUUUGCUUGUUCUUUUUUUUCUCUCUUGCUGGUGUCUUUUUUUUUUUUUUUUUUUUUUUAAAUAGCAUUUUUGGAAAUAUUUUUGCCAACUCUAGAUAUGCUUUUCUUUUUCUUUUUCGUUUGAUUAAUGUUCAAAGAAAUGAUAUGAGUUGUCAUUUAUAGGCUUUUACAUCGUUUGUACCUCCUGCUAAGAGUUCAGAGUGGAGACAGAGGUCCACGCUUUGAUUUAACAGUUACAAAGAUAACACCAAAACGACAGGAUUUUUAUUUGAUUGGGAAAAACAACGACGGCUGUGAGUUACUUAUAGCACUUCAUUCGAUAAACUACAACCUAAUUUUAAUGAGAGUUAGGACGCUGUGUGAAAUCUUGAUGUUGAUGGUUUGAUGGUUUGGUCAGAUGUUGAAACUGACUAAUAACAUCGUUUCAUUACAAAUAUAUGCUCAUUUUAAAUCUGAUGCAGUUCAGAAAAGUUGGGAUAAGGGCGUGUUUAGCUAAUCAACAGUUCAGGGUCUUCUAUGUUUUUAAUAGGAAACCCAGGUAAGCACACGGACUCUUCUACUACAGAGCCAUACUGUUGUAAUCCCUGCAGAGUGUGGUUUUGCAUCGUCUUGCAGGUCUUCCCUGAAAACGUCACAGUCUGGAUGGCAGCAGAUGUUGCUCCAGAGUUAAGUGUAAGAGGGUGAGGAGGUCCCGCUCCUCUAUAGACUCUCUGAUAACAAUGUCAUGUUUUGAUUCAUCGGAGGAAGGACCUCGGACCUAGGAAGUUGUUGGCGUUUCUGAAUAGUGUUUACACGUGUUUCCUCUUCUAUGUUUAGCAACAAACAGUGUUUUGGAUGUGCUUUUAAGUCCAUGCAGUGAUUUCCACUUCAGAGCCACGUCUGUUUUUAAUGCAGUGUCACCUGAGGACCCAAAGAUCAUGGUCUUAGAUGAUAUUAUUUACUGUAGUUGAUAAAACCCUCAAACUCUCAUGAACAUCAUGCUUUAUUCUUACUUCACUCAGUCCCUCACAGUAGAGAGUCAUUUUGGAAAUGAACAUUAUUAGUUUGGAAUUUUCUCUGUUUUGCAGGUUUGAAGCGCAUCAAACUUAAAAUGAGCAUUUUUCAGUUACACUUUACAUUAACCGUAACUUAUAAAUGGUAAAGAGACCAUUUAUAAAUGGUGAGCAGAUAGUUUAUUAACCCUAACUUUACAAUAACCAUCUAAGUAAUAAACCAAAUAUUAAUCAUUUACAAAGUGCUACUGACACGUAUUUUAAUCUAGAUGUUUUACAACCAAUAUUUAAACCCUAUAUAAACCUUUAAUAAAUAGUCCAUUAAUAAUUAAUGAAAAUUAUUAAUUAUAAUUUCAUUGCUUGUUAAUGGUAAAGUUAAUAUUAAGUUACAUAGAUAAAUGACCUAUUUGCCAUUUAUAAUUGGUCUUUAUACUGUUUUUAAAUGAUGAUUAAACAUUAAUAAACUAUCUAUUUACUAUUUAUUGAUUAUGGUUAUUGUAAAGUGUUAACCAUUUUUCUUAAAACAGUAAAAUUACUGCAGUGACUACAAUCAGCUAAAUAAAUAUCUUUUUAAUCCGCCUCUUUCACACAGCGUCCUAACUCUUAAAAAUCGUGGUUGUAAAAGUUUCUCUCUGAUAUUUAACAAAAAAAAAAAACACAUAUGAGGGUGGGCUGAGAAAAGCCGAGCCCCUCUGCUGUCAUCUUGGUGACGCCUCGUCUUACAGCCACCCCUCGACUAAGAAAAGACCAAGUGUCACCUCUUAACUGCUGCUGUAUGUUUAUGUCUUACCCACUGGCUAUUCUAAAAUAGGACUGGUACCAGCGAGCGUGCUCCAUGCCCAAACAGAGCGUGCCGUGCCAUGUCAGGCUCUGUUUGGGCCCUCCCUGGUCGGAGACAGACCACAGAUCUGUGCGCUGUAGCCCAUGAAGAAGAACUGUCCUCAGGGUCUGGGAUGGUCAGUAAUGAGACAAAGUGGGGAGGUUUCAGUUCUUGUGAUGACUUCACUCAACGUGGAAUACAAAAAAUAAAAGAAUAACAUGUGACUUUGUAGAUUUUGCACUUGUCGACUACCUAUCUGUGCAUGCUUAUCACCAUUUCUACAUGUAAGACCUUUCUCAGACGUACUUUUGAAUACUAACUCUAUUUAUGUAAGGGUCAUGUGACUGCAAUCAUAAUUUCAGUGUAUAUCAGAUGACACACUUAUUGUCUGUGCUUUCUCAAACACAAAAGAGAGCGGGCUCUUGAGAAGUAAAGAGAUUCAAGUCAGGGGAAAGUGGUCCAAAAUAGUUUGAGUCCCCGAAAAGGAACAAAACGCCAUCGACAGCGGACCUAAAAAUAACUUCCUCUGUUAGUUUGAAGACUGGAGGGAAAAAAAGAGAAACUUCUGAUGGUUAUUGUCUCUGUGUGUAAAAUCAAAUAGACUGUGGUGAAAUUUGCACAAAACUUCUAUAUGUUAAAGUUUGUCAUCCCCGGGCAGCCCACCGAACACCCGUCGUCCCCGGGUUUGGCAUGUCCUUGCCUGUCCUCUCCUGAUUUGUCUUGCCUUCAGACUGUUCCAGCGGGGCAGCUGACAGGGGUGAUAUUGGUUUUCACAGCUGUGACUGUGCAGUGACGCAGCAUGCAUAUGUAUAGAACUUUAUUCCCCUGAUAAGAAAAAGAAAAAAAGCUGUUAACUCUCAUUUCUGUAACUGAAUCAGGAAAAAAAAGUUCAAUAAAAGUGUCAUGUUUGUAGUUAACUUUUAA